AUGGAUCAAUCUGCUGAUCGAAUGGAGACUUCAAAGGAGGAUACUGUAGAGGAUCAAAUGCAAAUUUUGGAUGUAUGCAAGGAAAAUGGACAUUUCUCACAUGGAAAUACACUUCUGAGCGAACAAAACGAAGAUUCGUCAAAAAUCUUGAUCAAAUACCACCAGAGCUCUGAAGUUUCCUUGCAGACUCUAUCAACAAGUGAAGAGGUUUUGCAAGAAGUUGAAAAAGAUUGUAUUGAAUCGAUUGACUCUUCUGAAGCUCAUGAAAUCGCUCAGAAUACGACUAUCGGAGAACCGACAGCUGCAGAGAACCAGAGGAAUCCUCUUUGUCCUAAGAAAUCGAUUCCGAUAAUUACAAUCAGUUUGGAAGAGGUUACAAAUUUUGAUAUGAAUAAGCAGGAAUUGAUAGAAACUGAUGAAACACCGAUUCUGAGCACCGAGGAUCAACUACCGCAUCAAGAACAAAUCGAGGACACAAAACAAAAAGAUACCAUUGUUUUUGAAUUGUCAAAUCUGGAAAAAAAGAGUGUGGUGGUCUUGGAAGCAAUCAAGGAAGAAACUGGAGCCGAAGUGACUCCAGAUCUAGAGUCUUCACAAAGUGAUCACCUCAUUGUUACCAAAGAGGAGAAUUACGCAAGUGACCAAGAAGUUUCGACAACAACAAUAUCGCCGACAAUAAACAUGGAUUCAGUCGCUAGUCGAUCUACAGAAUUUGAGAAUUCAACGCAUUUACCUACAAAUGUUGAGGAGUCGAAGUUGGAUAAUGAGGCUUUGACAGAUUUUGAAACAAUUGAUCAAAAAAAGGUUGGAAAAGUGUCUAAUGAAUCAAAAGCCGUAGGUCAAGACCCAAUAAAAGAGGGAGCCGGGAAUUUGGAAGCUAACGUUGAAAAAGUGACUCCAAAUCUAGACUCUUCUUCGAAAGUUGAACACCCCCAUUGUAUUGAAGCUUCAACAGUAACUCCUGUUCACACCCAUCUAUCAACCAAUUCAACAACUCUUCUCAAAAAUUGUCCUUUGAGUGAGAAAAAUGAUGAAAUGGAUGAUGAAUCAGAUGUUUUGAGAGAUAAAUCGAGUGUUAGAGGAGAUGUGAAAAAUCGACAAGAAAAUGGAGGAGGCAUUCAAACAAAUCAACCACCGCAACAACAGUCAUCUCCACAAAUAUUGACUGUUGUUGAGAUUGAUACCACUUCUAUUCAGCUAGUAGAAGACAGCGGCAAAGAGGAGAAAAUGAAGGAGGUGCGUGAGUUUCAACUC